AUGUUCUAUAUUAUUUUGUGUUUAUAUCAACCAAACCAAUGGUGUGUUUGUAAUGAUAUCAUUGAUGUGAUCACCACUUCUGGGUCAGUGAGGGGACAGACACUAAAUGUGUUGAACAAACUGGUGGACCAGUUCCUGGGCAUACCAUACGCUGAACCCCCUAUUGGAAAGCUUAGGUUCGCUCGACCGCAACCCAUUAAAGCACCAAGACAAGGUAUUAUAGACGCUACAAAAGUAGGCGUAUCCUGCAUACAAAGUGAGACACAAGACUUGACUGACCUGUUGGGUGAUGUCCGGCAAAGUGAGGACUGUUUGGUACUGAAUGUGUGGACACCUAAUGAUAAGAGCGUUAAAGACGUAUCACUAAAAGCGGUGAUGUUUUGGAUUCAUGGCGGGGCUCUGGCCAUGGGAUCCAUAUUUGAUAAGUUAUAUAACGGCAGUGUUUUGGCCACAUAUGAUGUGGUGAUUGUGUCGGCUAACUAUCGGUUGGGACGGUUAGGCUUUCUAUACGGUGGCGAUGAGACGGCGCCCGCAAAUGUGGGCUUUUAUGACCAGUUAUUGGCUCUUCAAUGGGUUAGAGAAAAUAUACAUCAAUUUGGUGGGGAUAGGGAUCAGAUCACUAUAUUUGGUGAGAGCGCCGGCAGUUGGUCCGUAUCGGCACACGUAUUGUCUCCCCUAUCAAAGGGUUUAUAUAAGAGGGCUAUUAUGCAAAGCGGAGCCCUUAUGUUCAAUAAGGAUCGGCCUAUUAUGGGAACAGUAGAUGCUUUAACUAAAGCCAAAGAUACAGCCCGUGAGUUGGGUUGUGAUGAAUAUGACUACAAAUGGUUGGACUGUUUGCGAGCCAUUGAUGACCCAAACCUUUUCAUAGAAAAGCCUCAAAACGGUGAACCAUUUGUUAUAACAUAUCCGGUAUUUGGCACUCAAUUUCUACCACUUUUGCCACAAAAGGCAUUCAAUACUCGACAGUAUAACUCA